AGCUCUGGUGGCUGAUACUAUAGUCUUGCCUUGGAAGAGCGAGCUAGUGUGCUUUGGCAGCUAGUGUUAUACUUCCAGCGUUUAUCUUGUUGUUCAGAGCACAAUAAAAUCUGUGGUUUUCCUGAACAUUUUUUUUAUUUUAUUUUUUUCUAUUUGGUGGAUUUAUUGGACAUCUGGAGAUGAGCCGGAGAACGGAGCUGAGACGGCUCCUGGAGGAUCAGAGGAGGUGGAGCCGUCACGGAGAUCAUGAUGAUUCAACCCAGACCGUAUUUGAGGAGAGACUGCGGUCUGAGCGCCGAGGAGGUGAAAGGAGAGCUCGUCAGGACACCCAGGAACAUCUGCAGAGACCUCAGAGGGAGCAGAGACACCGAAGCCGUUCUCCUCUUCCUGCUCCUGAGAUGGCACCAACAGACGGACCAAGUCCAGAUCCUCUCCCAGGUCCAAGUCAUCUACAGCCAACGUCUCAGCAGCCAGCGGAGAAUAGGCAGAAUCUCUCGGACAUGGUGCACGAGAUCGUCAUGCAGAUGAGGACAGCCGCUGAGGGAGCUGACAAUGAGCAGAAUAUCCCGGCCAUUUUGGAAGAGAUCAUCGAACAGAACAGGCCAGCUGUGGUGGAAGAGAUGCACAGGCAGAAUGUCCAGGCCCUGCAGCUAAGGAUCAGAUUUUUCCAAUCUACCAUCAUUGCUGGGGAUGAAGCGACACAGUCAUGUGCCAUCUGUCUGAUGCAGUACCAAGAUGGGGAGCGAGUGUCUACCCUGCCCUGCAGCCACAAGUACCAUCCAAGCUGCAUCUCACAGUGGUUUGCAACACAUUCCAGCUGUCCCCUGUGCCGCAGAGAGUGCAUCCCAGCGCAGAUUGAGUGUUGGAUCUCCUGAAUACGGUAAGAGGAAGAUCUAAAUUACCACCUUCUCUAGAUUCCAUACCACCUCCUCCACUCUACUUUGGGCCUACUGCCCACACUGCUCACCGGGCCUAGUGCUCGCCUAUUGUGCCAUUCUAUUGGGCCUAAUGCCCCUUUUAUAUUGCCCGGGCCUAGUGCCUGCCUAAUGAUUCCCAGGCCUAGUGCCUGCUAUGCCCACGGGCCUAGUGCCCGAACCAUGGUGGUCUAGGGUGGGACAGUCUGGAUUUACCCAUCCUAAGGGCUGUGGCUGGACCAAGCUUGGCCCAGUACCCGCCCACCACUUGGUAUUGCUCCCACCACCUCCGGCCUUCUUGGAGUCUUCACCUGGGCAGUGGUGGCCAGUAAAAGCUAUUUUACAUCGCACACCACUGUCCCAGGACUUCGACGUUUUCACCACAUCUGCGGCGUUGCGCCGACUUAUCCAUCCUGCGGCCUAGCACCGGAUAAAGCGAUAUCACAGCUUAGUGCCAACUUACAACACCUGUAGCCUAGCGCCGACUUAUCCAAUCUGCGGCCUAGCGCAGGAUCAAGAGAUACUACGGCCUAGUGCCGACUUACCACACCUGCGGUUAAUCGCACAAUGUAAGACUACUGGGCAUUGUGCCCUUUUCUAUACAAACCUUGUCGUCCACAUAGUAGCUUUGGGCUUACCGCCCACUGUGCCCUGGCCAAUUGUUGCUUAUCUGUGGGACUUUGCUGCCAUGGGUCUGUUACACGCCUACCUGAAAUGAUCCAAAUGCUUUGGGCCUAUUGCUCACCUACCUGAGCCUCUUACAAUAGCUUUGGGCCUAAUGAUCACGGGACCCCGACCUAUUGCUGCCGUUAGGGGCUGAAGAUUCUAUCCACGGGCCUAGUGUCCACGUAGUGUGCAGCUCUAUUGGGCCUUCUGCCCACACUGCUCACCGGGCCUAGUACUCGCCUAUUGUGCCAUUCUAUUGGGCCUAAUGCCCCUUUAUGUCACCCGGGCCUAGUGCCCGCGUACUGAAUCACAGGCCUUGUGCCUACUAUGUCCACGGGCCUAGUGCCCGAACCCUGUUGGUCUUGGGUGGACCGUCUGGAUUUACUCAGCCUAAUGGCUGUGGCUGGAUGAAGCUUGGUCCAGACCCACCCAACGCGUGGUUUUUCGCCGGAGGCGGGAUGUCUCCUACCACCUCCGGGCUUCCUGGAGUCUUCACCUGGGCAGUGGUGGCCAAUAAAAGCUCUUUUCCAUCGCACACUACUGUCCCAGGGCUUCGACGUCUUAUCCACAUCUACGGCUUAGCGUCGACUUAUCCAACCUGCGGCCUAGCGCCGGAUGAAAAGAUAACACAGCUUAGCGUUGACUUACCACAUUUGUAGACUAGCGCCGAUUUAUCCAACCUGCAGUCUAGCGCAGGAUGAAGAGAUACUACGGCCUAGUGCUGAUUUACCACACCUGCGGUUAAUCGCACAAUGUAAGACUACUAGGCCUUGUGCCCUUGAUACCAACCUUGUCAUCCACACAAUAGCUUUGGGCUUACCGCCCACUGUGCCUCAGCCUAUUAUUGUGUAUCUGGGGGACUUUGCUGCCAUGCGCCUGUUGCCCGCCUACUUAAUAUGAUCCACAUGUUUUGGGCCUAUUGCCCACCUACCUGAGCUUGGUGCCUGAUGACCACGGGGCCCAGACCUAUUGCUUCUGUUGAGAGCUAAAUCUUCAAUCCACGGGCCUAGUGCCCGCCUAAUGUGCAAGUCUAUUGGGCUUACUGCCCACACUGCUCCUCGGGCCUAGUGCCCACUUAUUGUGCCAUUCUAUUGGGCCUUAUGCCCCUUUAUGUCCACCGGUCCAAGUGCGCACCUAAUGCGACCCAGGCCUAGUGCCUGCUAUGCUCACGGGCCUAGUCUCAAACUCUGGUGGUCUAGGGUGGGAACAUCUGGAUUUAUCCAUCCUAAGCGCUGUGGCUGGACCAAGCUUGGUCCGGACCCGUCCUCCGCGUGGUCUUCGACAGAGGCGGGAUGGUUCCCACCACCUCCGGGCUUCCUGGAGUCUUCACCUCAGCAGUGGUGGCCAGUAAAAGCUAUUUUCUGUCGCACACCGCCGUCCCAGGGCUUCCGACGUCUUCACCGACAAGCGUCGGAUCUUUGGUCUUCACCCGGCUGGCGGCGGUAGGUAACAACUCUUUCCCAACUGCCACCACCCUCCAGGACUUCCGGCGCCUUCCCCUGCGUCUUCUAUCUUCAAUCUUCGGGAGCUCUUCACUGCUCCCUCCCGGCCAACAUACAGCUCACCCGUGCCCGAUGCUGGCUGAUAUAAGCCAGUGUUAGGAGGCGGGGCUAUGAUGUAGCGAGCCAGGAUUGACUCGCCGCCGCCGCCACUCGAUGCAGGUACGCCGCCAUUACACACGUGGAGCGGAAGAGGUUAUUCACCAACGCCUCCAUGGCCGCUGCUGAACUCUGCAGCCAGUUGGGCAGAUGGGGACUGGACCAGACACGGCCCAGGUCCCCAGCGAUGCCUGGUUCCACUGCCGGAUCCUUCCCCAUAGGACGGCACCAGGAUCCCUCUUGAUCCCAGCCCGACCCAGGAAAGGAAGAACAGAGCACAUAGUAGCAGGUCCAGUGACUGCGCUAGUACACUGGGCAUUGCUACACAUGUGCAGUACAGGUCCAUGACAUUGGUCAUACUACGGUGUUAGAUUAUCAGUGAUUGACAGUCUGAUUCCGCUUGAGGGUGGGGUGGGGUGGCAACAGCCUGUUUCUCAAAAUGGAUUUGUGUCGCCGCUGUUUUUAGGGAGGGACUAGGCCAGGAUUAUCCGCCUGAGGUUGUAGAUUUCAUGGCUCCUUCAUAGUAGAUGCGGUGGCUGACUUGCGCGACUCCUUGGGUCACUCAGCCGGCCGAUAGUGUUGCAGAAGAUCUGAUACUGCCUCCUAGGAAGCAGCUCGGAUCAGUAAUGCACGCAGGAGGCAUGACGCAUCCUGCUGUAUUACCAUAUUAGCGCUACCACUGCUGCUUUUGUAUAAGCAGCAGAUAUAGUUCCUCCAUCCACAUCUGAAUCAGGCCCACUGCUCCUACUGGCCAGUGGCCAUCUUAUGUGUAGCACUGGGGGAAUCCUUUGCAUACCCCACAGCCGUCCUGCUUUGGAUAGGAUAGUCCCGCUUUUCGGGAACUGUCAGGCUGUCCCAUCCGGAGGGCGCUAUGUCCCGGGGUGAGGGGAGUUAGGGGGAGCACUCUAACCCGUGCUCUGCAUAGCAUACAUGCCAUGUGCAAGGAAUCUACCAGAGCCUGAUUCAGGAGGCGUCUUAUACAAAUAGACAUUGCCUGAUGGCUUCUCUGAUCUGCUGCUGUUCUGAUCAUUGUACCACCUGUGUUAGCAUCGGUCAUCUGAGUAAACCUCAGGCCUUGACGCACCAAGAAAACGGUCAAGGUGCAGUGACAGAACUUGAGAGUGUUGGGCUCAGGCUCAAAAAUAUGCUCUGGGCCCCCCUCCUCCGUCAUACGGGCGUUUUCGCAUCGGCGAUGUCAUUUAUAGCUUUGGCUUUUGCUCCCCUUGUAGUGGCUAUGGCCCCUGAUUCUGCAGGGCCCUUAACCAUGGUUCAGGGCUGGGGUCUUAUUUCCGUCCCGUCCAGACCGGCGAUGCAGCAGUUUUUGCAGGCAUGUCAGGACAUGGGAGCGGCUGUUGUCCAACUGGGUAUGAGCGCACCUGCAACAGUAGAGUAUACUAGGGCGCCCGCUAUGGUUUCUCCUCCCCUUUUGCCCACCUCAGUAGCUUCAUCUUCGGGGGCGGCUUUAACUCCUUUUUCAGAGUUUGGUGAAGAGCUGAGAGAAGAUGAAGCUGUUUCCUCGGUAGAGGCGUUGGUGACUGGUCAGACCAAGACUUCAGGUGAGGCAGAGCCAGAUUAAGGGGGGGCCAGAGGAUAUGUUACCUUGGGCCCCCUCGCCUCUUCGGGGCCCACCAUGAUGGACCAAUUUUGUCUUUCAGAGAUAGAGACAGCAGCUUUGUCUACAUCUCUGCAGCGGCCGGGGCCACCCGCAGUCACAAUCAGAGUGCCUGCCUGGCUGCUCCUCACAGAGAGCUCUGAUAGGCAGAGCUCUCUGCAUUGGAUACAUUACACCCACACAGCUGAGGCCGGGAGCUACUGAGCAUGUGCAGCAGCAGAUCAGCUCACAUGGACUCCAGCAGUGACUCUCCUCCUCCUCUUCCUGUUUUAGUUAAUUUUGUAUGUGUAUGUUUUGUAGGUAUGAUGUGUGUGUGUGUAGGUAUGCUGUGUAUGUAUGUAUGUAUGUAUGUAUGUAUGCUGUAUGUGUGUGUAGGAAUGCUGUGUGUGUAUGUGUGUAUGCUAUGUGUGUAUGUAUGUAGGUAUGCUAUGUAUGUAUGUAUGUAUGUAUGUAUGGUGUCUGUGUGUGGGUAUGCUGUUUGUAUGUAUGAAUGUAUACAUGCUGUGUGUAUGUAUGCAUGCUGGGUGUAUGUAUGUAUGUAUGUAUGCAUUAUGGGUGUGUGUAGGUAUGCUAUGUAUGUAUGCUAUGUAUGAUGUGUGUUAUGUGUAUGUAUGCUAUGUGUAUAUAAACAUGUUAUGUGUGUUUGUAGGAAUGCUGUCUAUGUAUGUAUGUAUGUAUGUAUGUAUGUAUGUAUGUGUGUUUUGUGUAUGUAUGCGUAUGUGUGUUUGUAUGUAUGCUGUAUGUGUUGUAUGUAUGAAUGUAUGUGUGUAUGCAUUCUAUGUGUGUAGGUAUGCUGUGUGUAUGUAUGUAUGUAUGUAUAUAUGCUGCGUGCGUGGGGAUUACGAAUGUCAUUAUGCUGACAUCGGCAUCCCUAGCGGUGGAAUGCCAGCAGGGGGGGCGAGCGCAACUUAGCCCCAUGCGGGCUCGGUGGCGAGUUACGCUCACCACAGGUUUUAUUCUCUCUCUAUGGGUGUCAUGGACACUCAUAGAGGGGGAAUCACCUACCUCGCCGGUAUACCGGCAGUGGCAUGGUGCCCCCGUUGGGAUCUUCGUGUCUGUAUUGUGACGGCCGGGAUCCCGACUGUCGGUAUGCUAACUGGGGAUUCAGAGGAUGAUGGCUCUGCUACUAGCGCGGUCAGGGAAUGGAAGCGUGCUGCUAAGGGGGGUAUUCAAUUACGUGCCUUUUUUUGACCAGUCAAAAAAAUGGCACUAAUUCGACACAGGGCAUUCAGUUGCGGGCUUUUCACUCGUUUUUCAAUCCUUUUCGCCCAUGCCAUUUCACUUUUUUUUGUUGAAGUCGGCACUGGCGAAAAUUGCGCCAAAAAUUAACGAAAACACCUGCGAAUUUGCCAAAACAUGUGUAUCGGCGGUGGAUUCCCCGAAACAAGUGGUUUUCGCCAGUGCCAGUGAAUAGGGCGAAUGUAAAUUCGACCUAAAAAUGGGUGAAAAGUGCAGUUCUUUCGACUGGUCGAAAAAAACAGUACUAAUUGAAUACCCCACUAAGUAUGCUAGGCGAGAGGCGGUUAGGCGUGAUUGGCUAUGCUCUGGCGAGUUUAGAUGGCAGGGCUUAGCAGCGUUUAGGCGCAUGCAGGAAUUGUUGCGCUGUUUGUUGCGUGUUGCGCUGUCUUGUACGUCUCCCCCUGUCCUCCCUACUCGGGGAUUAGCUACUCGCCACUGUUGGCAGUGGGAGUUUAGAGGGAUUUAACAAUUUUUUACCUGGACUGACGGACUUAAUUCGGCUUAAUUAUACUUGAUUUGGCUAAUUGGAUUUCAAUUAUAUGUCCCUCAGCAGGUUUUAAGUUUUACCUCUGACCGAGUUUACUUGUGUGACCCCCCCCCCCUUUAUUUGUUUUACCUAUCCUAUUGUAUCUAUAUGUUGCUUCGAUUGGCCUGAAGCUCGUUUACAUGGAAUUACCAUGAUUUUUUUUUUCUUUUUGGCAGAUCGCCUGGGUGAUAGGCGCAAGGGUUGCAUAGCUGGCCACGCAUGUUUUCUGCUCAGCUAGGUUUAUGGCUUUAAAAUUAAUGUAUGGCGUAAACUUAAUUUCUCUUUUAUUUAACGUUUAAAGCUCAUUUAAAUAAAUUGCUAACAGUUU